AUGUUUCACCAACAUCAUCAAUCUCACAAUAUCAACUCUAAUAUUGAUAUGUAUUCAACUCCAAUAAGGGGUGAAAGUUUAGAUGAAAAUGAGAUGGAGUAUGAUGAUGAUGAUGAUGAUGAUGAUGAUGUUGAUGAAAAUCAAGGAAAUGAUCAAGAUGUUCAAUAUGGUGAAGAUGGAGGAAAUUCUGUUCAUCAUGCUGAUGCUAGUCUUUACACGCAACCAUCAUUUCAAAAUCUAGUUUCACAAUUUGGUUCACCACCGAGCUUCACUCAAUUGGUUCAACCAUCUCAACAGCUAGCUAAUAAUAAUGAUGAAGGCCCUAUACCUUCAAAGAAAAGUUGGGAUUUGAUUGAAGAUAUUGCUCUCAUAUGUUCAGUCAUGAACACAAGUACAGAUCCAAUUGUGAGCACCAACCAAAAGAUAAGAGUGAGAUCGAGAUGGCAGAAAGUUAAGGAAGCUUAUGAAGCAGCGAGGAUGGAGCGACCCCAUCUGAUCCCACGAAGAACCGCCGACAUGCUUAAAUGUCGUUGGGGUAGAGUUGCUCCAGCAUGUUUGAAGUGGUCUGGAAGUUAUGAUGAGGCUGUUAGGAGGAAGAAGAGUGGCACGACAGACGAAGAUGUGCUUAAAGAAGCGCAUUUAAUCCAUCAAAGAAAACACGCAUGCAUUAGUCUUUUCCUUUCCAUCACCCUUUUCGCAUGCAUUAGUCUUUUCCUUUCCAUCACCCUUUUUGGCAUGCAUUAG